GAGGGAGGGGGAGGAGAAGAGGCUGCUGAGGGGCGGGGCUGCAAGGAGGGGGCGGAGUCCUAGAUUAGCGCAGGAGACCCGCCCCCACUUCUCUCUGCUCCCACUGCCUGGAUUUCCGCUUCCCUCCGCGUGUCCCGCUUCGCCCGGCGAGGAUCGGCGCUGGAUCCCUCGAGAGAGCUUUCUGGAUUACGCUCGCAUCAGGAGACCAGUGAACUCCAGAAAGGAGAAAGGGGCGUUCUUGGAUCAGAAGCCACAACAUUUUGAUCAAGAUCCAUUCUUGAAAAUUUGGAAAUCUUGGCCUGGUUGGAGAAGCAGCUUCCUGCACAAAGGGCCAAUCAAUUAAGGAGAAAUCAAACUGGUCAGCGGUGAGGGUCAUCCCUGACCUUGACUCAGAAAGCUAACAGAGACCUCUUAGCUGUAACUUUAAAGCGGAUAAAAGAUUGCGACCAGAUUGACCUGCAAGUCAACCUGUCAACAGAUAGUAGAAAAUCAAAGCAAGGCAGCAGCCAAGAGGAAGCAUGGAGCCUGGGAAGCUCUUGGAUCCCCCUUCAGACACAAGCAGCACUCCACAAAAUGACCAAAAACCCCAUGAAUGCUCAGAGUGUGGGAAAUCCUUUACUCUCCAGUCCCUCCUUUUGACCCACAGGAAGGUCCAUGUGGGAAGUGGAUCCAGUGAAUGUACGGAGGGCGAGAAAUCCUCUGGAAAAGACUUCAAAGGUCUCAGAAGCUCCUCCAGACUGAAGACCUAUAAAUGUGAGGAAUGUGAUUUAUGCUUUGGUCGAAAGUCAUACCUUCUUACACAUCAGAAAAUCCACACUGGAGAGAAACUGUAUCAAUGUCUGGAAUGUGGGAAAUUUUUCCGUAGAAAAGCCCAUCUCAUAAACCACGAGAUAAUUCACACAGGGGAGAAACCGUAUAAAUGUUGGGAAUGUGGGAAGAGCUUUUCUCAGAAGUCAGGUCUUGGGCUCCAUGAGAAGAUCCAUGCAGGAAUCAAACCUUACAAAUGCUUUGAGUGUGGAAAAUGUUUCACUGACAGCUCAACUCUUCGGAAACAUCAGAAAACACACACAGGGGAGAAAAACGAAAAGUGCCCAGAAUGUGGGAAAUGUUUUACCUUGAAAUCAAACUUGCUGCAACAUCAGAGGCUCCACACCGGAGAGAGACCCUAUGAAUGCCCAGAAUGUGAGAUCCGAUUUAUGUAUUCUGGGGACCUUCAGAGACACCAGAAGUGGCACAAAGGGGACCUACCCCAUAAAUGUGGGGAGUGUGGGAAAAGUUUUCUUUCACCAUCCCAUGUUCAGGUUCAUCAGAGAAUCCACACAGGGGAGAAACCCUACAAAUGCGGGGAAUGUGGGAACUGCUUCUCCCGAAAAGCAACCCUCAAAAGGCAUCAGCGUCACCACACGGGAGAAAAGCCAUUCAGUUGCGUAGAAUGUGGAAAAUCUUUUGCUUCUCGUGGAGGACUUCGGAGACAUCAUAAAACUCACACAGGAGAGAAGCCAUUCAGCUGCGUAGAAUGUGGGAAAUUUUUCCGUAGAAAAGCCCAUCUCAUAAACCACGAGAGAAUUCACACAGGGGAGAAACCGUAUAAAUGUUGGGAAUGUGGGAAGAGCUUUUCUCGGAACUCAAGUCUUGGGCUCCAUGAGAAGAUCCAUGCAGGAAUCAAACCUUACAAGUGCUUUGAGUGUGGAAAAUGUUUCACUGACAGCUCAACUCUUCGGAAACAUCAGAAAACACACACAGGGGAGAAAAACGAAAAGUGCCCAGAAUGUGGGAAAUGUUUUACCUUGAAAUCAAACUUGCUGCAACAUCAGAGGCUCCACACCGGAGAGAGACCCUAUGAAUGCCCAGAAUGUGAGAUCCGAUUUAUGUAUUCUGGGGACCUUCAGAGACACCAGAAGUGGCACAAAGGGGACCUACCCCAUAAAUGUGGGGAAUGUGGGAAAAGUUUUCUUUCACCAUCCCAUGUUCAGAUUCAUCAGAGAAUCCACACAGGGGAGAAACCCUACAAAUGCGGGGAAUGUGGGAACUGCUUCUCCCGAAAAGCAACCCUCAAAAGGCAUCAGCGUCGCCACACGGGAGAAAAGCCAUUCAGUUGCGUAGAAUGUGGAAAAUCUUUUGCUUCUCGUGGAGGACUUCGGAGACAUCAUAAAACUCACACAGGAGAGAAGCCAUUCAGCUGCGUAGAAUGUGGGAAAUCGUUUGCUUAUAAGGAAGUACUUUGGACACAUUAUAAAACCCACACAGGGGAGAAGCCACAUCAAUGCUACGAAUGUGGAAGAUUUUAUGGUACCUCAUCAGCCCUUAGAGCUCAUGUGAAAAUUCACACAGGGGAAAAAAAUUACAAAUGCUUAGACUGUGGGAAAACAUUUGCUCAUUCAGGUAACCUUAGAAAUCACAGCCGAAUCCAUACAGGAGAGAAACCCCACAAAUGCUCAGAGUGCGAUAAAUGUUUUUUUCGGAAAGAUUCUCUUGUGAACCAUCAGCGAAUCCACACUGGAGAGAAACCCUAUAAAUGUUUGGAGUGUGGGAAAUGUUUUUUCAAUCCUUCAACACUUCGCGUUCACACCCGAAGUCACACAGGAAAGUAGCCUCACAAGUGCACAGAGUGUGAGAAACCUUUUCAUAGAAAAUCAAAACUAAAAAGGCAUCAAAAAGUCCUUAGCAGAGAUAAAAAACAUCACAGAAUAGACAAUGAGGCAAAAGGGUGUAAAUGUUGGGAGUGUGAGAAUAUGUUACUCGCAAAGCCGCAUUAUAAACUUACCAGAGUGAUUAUACAAAAGAGUUAUAAGUAUGUGGGGAGUUGAUAAAAUGUUUCGCAGAGUACAGGACGUCCUUGACCUAUGACCACAACUUGGAAUGGAUUUCCGCCUGUCGUAAGUCCCUUCAGUCGUAAGUCAAGGAACCAGGUAUUUCUCUUAAUUUUUACUAGCCUUUGUUGAUCAAUGAGAAGUGAAAAUUUAAAGAGGAGAAAAGGGUGAAGAGUGGAAUGAAUCUGGUUGUUUAUUCAGUGAUAAAGUUUUAUUGUUGAAUCUGCUGGCUGAGGAUGAAGAGGGAAAGUUUCUUUUUCCUUUUAUAUUUUUGGAAGAAAUUUUUUUCAUUGUCUUUUUCAUAUAUUCAUACACAAAUACUUCUACUAACUUUCUGUGUAUAUAAUGCUGAAUAAAGGUAUUUUUUAAAAUAAUCCAGAGGGCCUUUUUCAGGAGAUGGACUGGGUGGCUCAAAACAGACAAGACGGCAGUAGGGGUGAAAUCCAGCAGGUUCUGACAGGUUCUGGAGAACCGGUAGCAGAAAUUUUGAGCAGUUCCGAGAACCAGCAAAUACCACCUCUGGCUGGUCCCAGAGUGGGGUGGGAAUGCACAUUUUGCAAUAUCCUUCCCCCAGGAAUGAGGUGUGCCACGCCCACAAGCCAUGCCCACCAAGCCACUCCAUGCCCACAGAACCGGUAGUAAAAAAAUUUGGAUUUCACCACUGGAUGGCAGUCAGAUUUUGCCAUCUGUGCAGCCAAAGUGGGUUGAGGAAGUGGCUCUCGGACCUCCACUGGAUCAGGGGAUGGGCUACGGGAAGGAGGAAGAGGCGGAGGAAGGCCAUCAGGGAGUCCAGGAUCCAUGGUUCCCAGCAGCUGCUAGAGGAUGGAGCCACGGUUUUCAGAGGAGGGGCGGGAAACCUGUUGCAAGAGGCUACCGGAGAUGCCCCCUAGAGGAGAGAUGGGGAACUGUCAGUCCCAGCAGGACUCACCCUCGGUGGGGGGCCUGGAGGGGGGAGGAAAAUGAGGCAAAGGGGAGCUUCUUCCUGAUGGGCCUCCUCCAUCUUCCCAGGGUGGAAGAAGGCAGGCAGACACUCAACUGGUCCAUCCGUCCCCCUAAAGCUCUGGAGGGUACCUUGGAUCCUGGUGGGGCCUCUUUGCCCCCCAAAGUGGCAGGAAAUACGAGAGAAAGGAAGAGACCCCCAGGAACUCUCUGGGCUGCAAGGAACGUAAUAUCCAUGCUUCUCUAGCCCUCUUCCUUUGGAGGGGGGAUCUGGGGAGGGGAUCACAAUAAGGAUUCCUACACCCAUAAUCCUCUGCAAAAUACUGACUCCACUGAGACCUCUGGAGACCCCAACAGACAAGAAAAAUAAAGUGUGCGUUUGGUGUGUUGGGAAUAUUUUUCUGGAAUGUCUACCUGGGUCUGGAGGUAAAAAUGCCCUCCAGAAACCCUCCAGGUGCUCAGAGGGCUGGAGAUUCUUCCUGGGUGAGAAACCACAUCCACGCUUGGCGUGUGGAAAAUCUGUUCCUUGAAAUGAGACAAUUGUUGUCCUGCAUUUGUGAAUCCCCUCAGAGAAGGCCCCUAGAAAUCUUUCUGGCAUAGAAAAGGUUUUAUCCUGAAAUCUUUUCAAAAAAACCCCACAAAAGCAGGUCAUAAUUGUGGUACAAUGAGAAAAAAGCUCCCUGGCCUAUUGAUAUUAAAGAAAGCUUGUCAUCAAAAGACUGGAAGAAUUGGAUUGAUUAUAUUCAAAAUAGAUAUCAGAUUAAGAAAUUUCAGAUUGCCUUUGAAUGAAGGACGUUGUUUUUGAUUUUAAUGGAAGAAGUCAGGUUAUGUGAGAGAGAAGGAUUAGAUUUUAAAAAUUUAAUGUAUGACUGUUUGUUUAUUGAACUAUACCUUGUGUUUGC